ACGCUGACCACUGUCCCAAAUGCCCCGAGGACCAGCAACCCAACAAGGACCAAGAUCAGUGUGUUCCUAAAGUGAUAACCUGCCUAUCCUACAAAGAAGAUCUGGGGAUCAUCCUUACUUCCUUCGCUCUACUUUUCUCUUUCAGCACUGGCUUUAUUUUAAGCAUCUUUGUUAAGCACCUGGAAACUCCAGUAGUCAAAGCCAACAACCAGGACCUGUCUUUCUUGCUCCUAAUUUCUCUCCUGCUUUCCUUCUUGUCUUCCUUCCUCUUCAUUGGCCAGCCAAGGGGAGCCACCUGCCUUCUGCGACAAGCAACCUUCAGCAUCAUCUUCUCAGUGGCUGUCUCUUCUCUCUUGGCCAAAACCAUCACGGUGGUGCUGGCCUUCCUAGCCACCAAGCCAGGCAAUCAUGUGAGGAAAUGGCUGGGGAAGCCUUUGGGCAAUUCCGUUGUCCUUUCUUGCUCUGCUGUCCAAGUUAUAAUCUGUGCUAUCUGGUUGAGCUUUGCUCCCCCAUUCCCUGACUCAGAUAUGCAUUCCCAGGCUGGAGAGAUUGUCCUGCAAUGCAAUGAAGGCUCAGUCACCAUGUUCUACACUGCGCUCGGCUACAUGGGCUUCCUGGCAGCCAUCUGCCUGGCGGUAGCUUUCCUUGCCCGGAGGCUGCCGGGGGCCUUCAACGAAGCCAAGCUGAUC